GCAUUUUGCACUCACCAUGUAUUCAAAUUUGUCAAAGUGCAUAAGCUAAUAAAAGAUAGAACCUCUAUCAUUUAUUGGCAAUCAUGAAAUUGACAGUAGUUUUGGUUGUCAUUUUGGCUGUGGCCAAUGCCUGGGCAGUACCUAACUAUGACAAUACCGAACUUAAAAAGGAUUUACAAGAGUUCGUAAAUUUGGUACCUGUCGACAAAAUCAAGAAGCUUGUUUUGCAAUAUGCCGCCGAAGAUGCUGAAAUACAGAAAGGUUUGGCAUAUGCGAAGUCCAAUGAGUUCAAAUCAAUGCUUAGAGAAGUCAAUGCCAUGCCUGAGUAUAUCAACCUGUUGAACUACAUAUAUAAAACUGGUGUCGACAUUUACAAGUGUAUAAACUGUAUCUUCGGAUACGUUCAAGUUCCUAAAUUGGAACCACCAAAGAGCUUUUUCGAAUACGGUAUCACCGGUGGAUACAAUGGUCUCAUCGAAGAUGUUCAGAAAUUAAUUCCCAAAGACCAAAUCAAGGUUCUUUACCGUCAAAAACUCGAAACCUCUCCGGCCUUCAAAGAACUCAUGGAUCAUUUCAAUUCUCCCGAAUUCAAGAACCUUUUUUUUACUGUCUACUAUGAUCCCCGUGUGCAACAUAUGAUCACCGUAGCCAAGCAAUCUGGUCUUGAUCUCGAAAAACUCUCAGGAGUGAUUGUAAGAAAUAUAGAAAGAAUUCGAAGUAGUUUUAAUUGUCAUUUUGGAUACAGCCAAUAUCUUAGCAAAACGAGUUUCAUAAGAAUCUACAAGGUGUUUAUUGAUUUGAUUCUCGUCGAUAAAGUGGAUGAGCUUCUUAAGCAAUAUGCCACCAAAAAUGCUGAAGUAUAA